CCUCUUUGCGAGACGCUGAUGGCUCACUGCAGAUUGGAGAAGGCUCCCGGCAUGGCAGCUGUCUGGACAAGCUGCAGGAACAGGCGGGCACAAGACAUAAGAAGCGGAAUCUUUGCCUUCCAAGCAUAGGAACUGUGAAAACUAGGCCUUUUCUUAACAAGGAAGAGUGGUACCUUAAAGAGAAUGGCAGUGGUGUCUGCAAUGUCCUGGGUCCUGUAUUUGUGGAUAAGUGCCUGUGCAAUGCUGCUCUGUCAGGGAUCCCUCCAUCACACUUUCCAGCAGCAUCACCUGCACAGACCAGGAAAGGCUCUGUCUGUGAAUCAGAUUUUCCGGUGGGAAGGAGGAACGUGUGAAGUUAUAGCAGCACACAGAUGCUGUAAUAAGAAUCGAAUUGAGGAAAGAUCACAAACAGUAAAAUGUUCCUGUCUACCUGGGAAAGUGGCUGGGACUACACGAAACAGACCUUCCUGUGUUGAUGCUUCAAUAGUGAUUGGGAAAUGGUGGUGUGAGAUGGAGCCCUGCCUAGAAGGAGAGGAAUGUAAGACAUUGCCUGAUAAUUCUGGAUGGAUGUGUGCGACUGGCAAUAAAAUCAAGACCACCAGAAUCCACCCAAGGACCUAACAGAGCCUGCAUGGAGGCAGUGAAAGCCCAGCUGAUUUAUGAGGACAAAGUAUCGAAAGUUGAAAACCAUCUCAGCAUUUACAAGCCAAAUGGAUUUCUUAUUUGCACUCUGACUGUUUACCAGAUGACAACAGUGGCUUUACUGUGUGAAAGAGAGCAUUCUGCGGAAAUAAUGCCCCUGGUUUUUGACAGAUGAAAAGAAAAACGAAGAAAAAUGGUUCCUUUGCUAAAGUUUCUGAGAUUACAAAGUACAAACAACAGUAUAAGUUUGGAUCUACAAUUUACUUUAUACCAUUUAAAGUAUAUAUAUAGAAAUAUAUAUAUAUUAAUAUAUGAUAUUUUGAAAUAAAAGCCUCACUCUUCAAGAAAUUAAAUAGUACCACACUUUGCUGCAGCUGCUGUAAUUUUUUUUCUUUAUUGUAAUGGUCUGGAAGAUCCCUACCUGUUUCAGAGAGAAACGUGGCAGUGAAGAGGCAAAGCAAACCUGCUGCAGUACAAGGACACCUAAGAGUUACACGGAUCCUACUGAUAUGGCAUCCAGAGCUCCCCGUUCCCUUCGGCAGAAUUUUGAGGGCAUUUCAUUGUUUUACUUUGUGUUCUGGAGGCUUUUCCCCUUGUGCAAUACUAGCAUGCUGGCUUUGCUUCAUAAACAUACUUGAUACUCAAUUGAUAUAUAACAAUGAUAAUUCUAUCCUCUUCCAAGAAAAUAUUUUUAGAGCUGUUAGAUAUUCCGUGGAGAAGAAAUGGACAACUGCUGAGUGAAGUACAGUAUGUAUUAAAAGUUUAUUUGGCAGAGUUUGGUAGACUGUGAGCUCCCUUCUUAUUAAAGAUGUACCGUAUGUACAAUGUCUUCAGACUUUGUAUAGCUCGUAGAGACUACAGUAAAGUCCCAAUAACCAACUCCAAAGCUUUGCGUUGUUGGCUCAAUUCUUUGAAACAACAACAAAGCUCCUUCUUUCUAGACUAACAUGGAAGAGGGUUUUUGCAUAUGGUUUCUCCUCUUAUGAGCCAAUUUGCAGCUGGGCUGAGAUGCCCUUCAGCAGGGACAUGUCAGCAGAGCCAUUUGCCUCUUAGCAGUGAAUGGUCUGAGUUCACAUUUCUAGCUCAGCUAUUGCUGUUCACUGUUCAGCCUGGCCCUUGUGUUGCUGAGGAAAGAUCAAAUCUGAGGGUUCAAACGCUCAAGCCUAGAUCACAUCGCCAGGCACUUCUGUGAGCGGUUCAGUUAGUUUCAGGGGGUUAUUCAUGUGGAAGGCAUCCUGCUGUCACGCAUAAGUCUGCACAGCCCACCCUUCAGCACACCUGAUGCUACCAAAUCAAAGAGGAAUUUAGAAGUGUAGAACUCAUUUUAUCCAGUCCAGGUUCAUUUUUUUAAUAUUUCCAAUUUCCUUUCACCCCACUUACCUAUCUCUCACAGGACCCCUUUGGCCAUGCUAAUCACUUUUAAUCCAAUGCAAAGGAAGUGCUGCACUCACCAACCUAGAGUUGGUCAGAAUUCUCCCACUAACUUUCUUUCUCCUUCGGGGCAACCACUUCAGUCCCCGAUGUUCCAAGAAGCAGAAAUUUGUCACUGUAAUUACACUGCACAUUAAAGCAGCUACAUGACAUGUCACGCAAAACUCCAUGAAGGCUUUCCAUGCUGGUCUUGGCCUGAUGCUCACAGCAGAAAUAGAGACACUUCUUCCAAGCAGUUCUAUUAUCUCACUUUUAAAAACAGAUCAGAAUG